GUUUAGUUAGAUGGGCUGGUUUAGUUAGAUGGGCUGGUUUAGUGCGAAGAUGUGUGGGUUUACUUUGGGUCUUUUGGCGGGGGGCGUGCUUGCAGCAUAUGGAAAUUUCCCGGCCAGGGAUCGAACCUGCACCACAGCAGUGACCUGAGCCGCUGCAGUGACAACCCCUAUGCUCAACUCGCGGUGCCACAAAAAAACUCUUACCGUUUGUGCUCGCAGUCUCUUUGGAUUUUGCCAGCAGUCUCGGGGUGUCGCCUGCUCCUUCAACCUUUUUAAAAACUGCGGACGGCUUCACUGGGGCGUGCAGAAGGAAGCUGUGGUUUCUGGUCUUCCUGUUCAUUCACAUGCUUUUUUCAGAGGGAGGGCUGACAUCUGACUCUGUUUUUCAACAAGAUCACAAGUGAAAAGAGAAGGAUGCACGGUAGCUCUCGGCAGAGGGGGAGGAACCAGGAUUCCUCCCGAGAGAUCGCUGCUCACACUGGCUUUCCGACGGGGUGUUCCGUGGAGAACGAGCCUGGAAUUGUGUCGCCGUUUAAACGCGUGUUCCUAAAGGGUGAGAAGAGUAGAGAUAAGAAAGCCCAUGAGAAGGUGACAGAGAGGCGCCCUCUGCACACCGUGGUGCUGUCCCUGCCUGAGCGCGUCGAGCCCGACCGACUGCUGAGCGACUAUAUCGAGAAGGAGGUGAAGUAUUUAGGUCAGUUAACGUCCAUACCAGGGUACCUGAAUCCCUCCAGUAGGACGGAAAUCCUGCAUUUCAUAGACAACGCAAAGCGAGCCCACCAGCUCCCCGGACACUUGACCCAGGAGCAUGACGCUGUCAUCAGCCUGUCUGCCUACAACGUCAAGCUGGCCUGGAGGGACGGGGAGGACACCAUCCUCAGGGUGCCCAUCCAUGACAUCGCCGCCGUGUCCUACGUGCGGGAUGACGCCUCGCACCUGGUGGUGCUGAAGACAGCCCAGGACCCCGGCAUCUCCCCCAGCCAGAGCUUGUGUGCAGAAAGUUCCAGAGGCCUCACCACAGGCUCCCUGUCGGAGAGCGGCGUGGGGCCUGUGGAGGCCUGCUGCCUGGUGAUCCUGGCCGCGGAGAGCAAGGUCGCCGCCGAAGAGCUGUGCUCCCUGCUCGGCCAAGUCUUCCAGAUCGUGUACACGGAGUCCACCAUCGACUUCCUGGACAGAGCCAUAUUUGACGGGGCCUCGACGCCCACCCACCACCUGUCCCUUCACAGCGACGACUCUUCCACAAAGGUGGACCUGAAGGAGCCCUAUGAGACGGAAGCCAGCACGUUCACCUUCCCCGAGUGUGCGCAUGCAGGCGGCGUCUCGCCCUUGUCCUUCUGCAUGCAGACGGCGCCCCACGCCAAGACGGUCAGUGAGAGCGAGCUGAGCGCCACGGCUGCCGAGCUGCUGCAGGACUACAUGCUCACGCUGCGCACCAAGCUGUCGUCGCAGGAGAUCCAGCAGUUCGCGGCGCUGCUGCACGAGUACCGCGACGGGGCCUCGGUGCACGAGUUCUGCAUCAACCUGCGGCAGCUCUACGGGGACAGCCGCAAGUUCCUGCUGCUCGGUCUGCGGCCCUUCAUCCCUGAGAAGGACAGCCAGCACUUCGAGAACUUUCUGGAGACCAUCGGCGUGAAGGACGGCCGCGGCAUCAUCACCGACAGCUUUGGCAGGUACCGCCGGACCAUGAGCUCCACCUCCACCUCCACCUCCAACGGGAACAGGGCCGCGGGCAGCUCCGACGACCAGUCGGCCCCCUCGGAGGGGGACGAGUGGGACCGCAUGAUCUCGGACAUCAGCAAUGACAUCGAGGCGCUGGGCUGCAGCAUGGACCCGGACUCGGCCUGACGCCGCCGGGCCCGCGGGCCGCCCUGCUCCUGCUCGUGGGGGCGCCGGGCGCGGGGGCUGGACCGUGAAGGCGGAACCCUGGCGCGGGCGCCGAAGACAGCGCUGCCCCCACCCGCACGAGACCCUGCCUCGGGGGUGGGGGGUGGUCCUGUCAGCCCGUCCCUGGACAGCUGUCAGUUUUGCACAUGACAUUUCUAUUGAAACUCUCAGAGACCUUAAAAGUUUACCGCAAUGUGAAUAAUUUA